AUGGCACCAGGUUUCGGACCAUGGACAAGCCAAAGGCUCAAGCUCGACAGAUUUGAUACCCGUGUCGCCGGAAAGCUGCCCCACAGCUCCUCUGCGGACGAAUAUCUGUACUGGGACGCUGGUCAGCUACAUCUGGGUAUUACUAUGCUCGAAUCAUUCACACCGGGGCUCGUCGCCGAAUCACGCAUGUCCACUAGUUUUGCAAGUCCGAUAUUGGGACCGGAAGACAACUACAAUAUAGUGGACAGUAUUGGAUUGUUCGAAACCGAAAUGUACAUGUCCAAGAUGCACGGUGGACAUGGCGAAGGCAAGACUUCCUCCUUCAAACGAUGUUUGUUCUUGAAAAACAUUGGAGCUGUCGCUGAUGUUCUGUUGGCGGCCAUGGAGACUCGCCCCACCGAAAAUUGUUUUUCUCCAUCUCUUGCAAGGUGGCGGGGCGGUCCGUGA